AUGCGGCCCAAGAUUCCAAGUUGGCCUAGCGCUCGCCCAUGCAAUGGCUCAUGUGUAGCCACCUCUUCAGCUGGAAAAGUCUUCAACAAGUCUUCCAAGAUGGACUCCCUCAUCAACGCCGGCAAGGACUUCCUUGCUAAGCAGACUCUCCAUGAUAUUGACAACAACAGCGGCAGCGGCAGCAACAACCAGCAGCAGGGCAACAACGAGCAUGGCAAUAGCCAGCAAGGUGGCAGUGGUGGUAGCUCCGACCUCUUCAGCAGCGUCCUGAGCUCACUUAGCCACAAAGAUGAAGAGAUCAAGAAUGGCGAGGUCGACGAGAAGGAUGCUGCCGACAAGCACGACCAGGUCUACAACAAGGGCGACAACGACACCAGCGUCAACGCCAUGGGCACCGCCGCUGCCAUGCAGGCCCUCAAGAAGUUCACUUCUGGUGGCAAGGAAGAGGGCAACGGCGGCAAGAACGACUUUGUCAGCCUCGCCAUGGGUGAAGCCAGCAAGCUCUUCGACUCCAAAUCUGCCGAGGGCAGCGCUGCCAGCAGCGCCGACAAGAACUCCGUCAUGCAAAAGGCUGCCGAGGUCGCCAUGAAGCUCUACUUCAAGUCCCAGAUGCAGCAGAGCGGCGGUGGCCUGGGUGGUCUCGCCAACAUGGCCUCGCAGUUCAUCAAAUGA